AUGGCGGACAACACAUCCACCCCCGCCGACCCGAUGGCCGCAGCCUCAAAUGCCAUGAUGGUCUCGAUUCAGGACUACAUUCGCACCGCCGUCACCACAGAGGUUGCAAAUCUCCCAAACGCAACCCAGCCCGCCCAACUUGCGGCCCUUCAGAGUCGUCUCGAGACUGCCAACCAGGAGAACUCUGAAUUGAAGGAGAAGAUCAAGCAGAUUGAGAGCGAGCGAGACACCGUCAAAGCGGCCUUCUCCUCUUACCUGGGCUUUCCUCUUCCAGACUCCAAGCUUUCCCGCCAUUCCCACAGCAAGAGUAGCAAGUUCCCCCAGUUCCAGAAGUUCCCCGUCGAAAUUCGCAUGAAGAUCUGGAAGCUUGCUCUCCCUGCCGGACGCAUUUUUGAUCUCUCUAACGUCGAUGCCCACUUCUCUCGUGUUCUCCGAGCCCCGAUUGCCGCCAACAACGGCGCGCCUAACCCGGCUUUGGUCUUGCGCCAGGCCUCCGGGCUCACUGAAAUGAGUGUGACUGCCCACAAGACGCCCAAGCUCCGACUCGCUUGCAAAGAGGCCAACAAGGCAUUCCUUGAGGCAGGUGGCUUCGAAUUUGGCUUGUUCGGUGGCCCAUACAAAGGACUUUGGUACAACUAUUCAGAGGACAUCGUCUUUGUCCGCGAAGAGCCGCGUACAUGGGCCAACCUCGAUAUGUCACGCAUCGUCCGUGUCGCCUUCCCGCAUAAUAGAUUUAUGUGCAAGGCCGAUGCCACCGCCAAGAUGGACACCAUCCUCGAUCACUUCACCUCCUGCAAGGAGGUCAUCCUCAUGCAGACCAUGGAGUGGGAUAUCCGCUCCUGCCUUGCAAGCCCUCGACUGCCUGCCAAGCUUUUCCCGCUACAGGAAGCCGAUCCUAUUAGCACCCAUGACUACCCGAAGGAACUUUCUGACGACGUCGGUAGCGUCGCAACCUGGGGCGAUGUCAAGCGCAUUGUUGCCCAGAUAUGGGAGGACCACGUCGUCAACGUGAAGCAUCUCAGCCCUGUCCGUGUUCCCAAGUUCUCCGGGAUCGAGGUCCUUAAAGCUCGCCCGAGCUACUUUGACUAG